CAACUAGCACCUCCGCCUCGCGGCUCGCUCCAUCCCUUCCACCACCACCGCCUCACCACUCACCAGUCACCACUCCCCUAUCACGGGACGGGACCACCGCCGCCGCGUCCUAUGACGUCGCCGUCCUCGCACCACCCGGACUCCACCUCGGCGUCCUCGACCCCUCGCGCCGGUGUCGGGAACGGCGGCAUCCACCACCUCCAUCCGCCAUCUCUGCACCCGGCGCCCGCGCCUACCCCGGCUGCUCCCCCCGCGCAGGCGCAGGCGGCGCACGGGGGCCCGCAAGUGCGCCUCAUGUGCAGCUUCGGCGGCCGCAUCUUACCGCGCCCUGGGGACCGCCAGCUGCGCUACGUCGGCGGGGAGACCCGCAUCGUCUCCUUCCCGCGCGCCGUGACUUCCUUCGCCGCCCUCGUCGCCGCGCUCGCCAAGGUCGCGCCCGUGCUCUUCGCCCCGGGGGCGCCCAGGCCGUCGCUCAAGUACCAGCUGCCCCAGGACGACCUCGACUCGCUCGUCUCCAUCACCUCCGACGACGACGUCGACCACCUCAUGGACGAGCUUGACCGCAUCCAAGACCUCUCCGCCAACGUCGCCAGGCCACCCCGCCUCCGCGUCUUCCUCUUCGCGCCCGCGCCUGACGCCGCCUUCGGCUCCGUCUUCUCCGGCACCACCAGUGAGGCCGCCUCCACCGACCAGUGGUUUGUCGACGCGCUAAACGCCCCCGCGCCGCAGCCGCACCCCACCGAGCGCGGCCGAUCCGAGGCCUCCUCGAUCGUCUCCGAGGUUCCCGACUACCUCUUCGGCCUCGAAACCACGUCCGGUGAGCCCAGCCCCGGCCCCGCGGCGGCCCGCGCCAAGUCCGACGCCACGGAGACUCCGCGCCACCACGACGACGACGAAUGCGACGUGCCACCUUCCGCGCGCCAGAUGCCCUACGUCGUAGAGGGAGCGUCAUCGUGGCCCGCCCCGCCGCCGCCGUACAUGGCGCAGCCUGUGUACUACUUCCCCGUGCCGCCGCCGGUCCACUAUCUCGAACCGUCUGCGCAGGGCGGCUACAUGCCUCGCCCGGUCUACCACAUUGUCGGUGGCGGAGGAAGCGAGGCGCCUGGCGGAGAUCUUCACGCGGCCGGCGGCGUCUACGGCGUCCCGCAGCACAUGCAGGCGUUCCCGCCGAUGAUGUACGCGCCGCCGCGCGCGGUCGUCUACAACUACAACUCGGAGGGGAUGCCAUCGCUGCCUCCCGAAGGUGGGGCACACUCUUCCUAGGCGCAUCGGCUUCACAUCUCUGGUUCCUGAUUAUUAUUGCAGAUGCCUGAGUUCUGCGUGCGUAUUAGAUUUUUAUCGAUUCGUCUUGGUUGGUGUAUAGAUGAGGGAGGCGGAUGAUGGAUAGAUAUUAUUGCAGUUUUCGUCUAGUGGAAAUAUAUUCGU